CCUGCAGCUCCGAUCCAGUCUCAGGCUUUGUUACGAGCAGGAGGUCAGUCAGUCCGACCAGCAGCCCGCUCACCGCACACAGCACCGCACACAGGACCGCAGAGACCCGCACACAGCACCGCACACAGGACCGCAGACAGGACCCGCACAGACCCGCACACCCCGCGUCUCUCCGCUUCUCUCGGCGCUACAACAGAACCAGAACCAUGGGGAAAGGCUGCCUGACAGCGACCAAGUACUUCCUGUUCCUCUUCAACCUCAUCUUCUUUCUGUGCGGCACCGUCAUCAUGGGUUUUGGACUUUGGCUCCUGCUGGACAAUCAGAGCUUCAUCGUGGUCCUCAAUAACUCCACAGCUGUAAAGAUCGCCUGCUACAUCCUGAUCGGGGUCGGAGCUUUCUCCAUGCUCAUGGGCUUCAUCGGCUGCUUGGGCGCCAUUUAUGAGAUCCGCUGUCUGCUCGGCCUGUACUUCACCUGCCUCCUGCUCAUCCUCAUCGCUCAGAUCGCAGCCGGCGCCCUCAUCUACUUCCAGAAGUCUGUGUUGAACGAGGAGAUGUCAAAGAUCGUCACUAAAGUUCUGGACAACUAUCCCGGCAGCAACUCGACCACGGAGCAGGCCUGGGACUUCAUCCAGAGGAAUAUGGAGUGCUGCGGCUGGACCGGUCGUCUGGACUGGAGCGGGAACAUGGUGAUCGUCAACAGCUCCCAGCUGCUGUUCCCCUGCUCCUGCCAGAACAUCUCGCUGGCCACAGGAAACUUCUCCGACAGCGGCUUCUGUGAGGCUCAGACCCCCGACUGGCCCGUCUACGACGUGGGCUGCGCUGCCAGCGUGGAGAGCUGGCUGCUCACCAACAUCGGGGUCGUCCUCGGGAUCUGCCUGGGAGUCGCUCUGAUCGAGCUGCUCGGGAUGAUUCUGUCCAUCUGCCUGUGCAGGAACAUUCACACGGAGGAUUACACCAAAGUGCCGAGUGCCAAAUACUGAGACGACCGAGAGGAAACGGUCGAGCGAGGCAUUGUUUUUACUCCACCUGGUGUUCGGUGAAACAUUUUGUCCAAAUGUAAAAUAAUGUGUGUUUUCUUUUAUAUUUUAUUAGAUUCUUCCUCUUCUUCUUCUUCUUCUUCUUCUUCUUCUUCUUCUUCUUCUUCUUCUUCUUCUUCUUCUUCUUUUUUAAGCACCUCCAUCUGUUUUUAUUUUAAUCGUCCAGUUUUUUGGGUUUUUUUGGAGCACUUUAGAGACAUUUUGCAUCCAGAGAGCGACGCUAAAAUGUUUUCUAGGAACGACGGAUGAGGAGAAAAAAGAGAAAAGAUAUCUGAGGUACAACUACGCGCUCGGAUUACUGCGUCGCCGGUUUCUCUGUAAAUUAUCGCUUCAUAGUUUUAUUUUCCCUAAAAAAUCUGAAGAGAAAUCAUGUUUGAGUGUAAAGACGGAAGCUGACUUGGACGACUGGAAACUGGAAACCCGCCGUGUGGCUCUUUUUUUAAUUUUUAUACACCAGCGUUUUGAGUUGUUGUGAGAUGUUUUUAGUACUUUGUACAUAAUUUUAAGUCUUUAUUUGUGUGAAUUUGAAUCCAAAACAAAUACUGCCAGUGUUUCUACUUCAGCUGGUCCUUUUUAAACCUUUUCUUUGUUUUGUUUUCUUUUUAAUCGUCGGGAUUUUUGUUCUGGUAAUAAUAGAAAUAAUGAGGAACUAAAGUAAAAGUAUCGCUCCCAGUUUACAACUGUCUGUGACAACGAGCGCAAAGCGUUUUAAUUUGAUAUUCUGCCAACAAGUGAAAAGUUUCUUUAACCACUUUUGAAACACAGGAACUUUAAAUUAAAACCACAGAACAGAUUAGUUUUGGAGCAGAAUAAAUAUUUUCGAUCGUGGAAAUUUGUUUACACAGAAAAAUGAUUUUGAUAUUAAUUUAUGCACAAUUUGAACUUUCGGCCACAAUGAUGAUGUUGUUGUUGUUUUUAUAAUGUACAAAUCCACCUUGUGUUUCCUUCUGUGUACAGUCUGUAUGAAACACGACCUGCUAACCUUUAAUCGUUUCUAAGACGACAAACGGUACGUUUGUUUAUAACUAGACAGACUUCUGGUAGCUAGCUGGAUUAGAAAGUGUGUACUCACAACAUUCAUUAUAUUUCAUUUUGCCAAUAAACUGAUUACAGAACA